AAUCUUAUACGUGAGGAACCUUAUGCUGCACACAACAGAAGAAACCAUCGCCAAAGAGUUCAACAAGUUCAAGGAAGGAAGCGUGGAGAGAGUGAAGAAACUCAGAGAUUUUGCCUUCAUCCAUUUCUUCUCCAGGGAAGAUGCCCUCAAUGCAAUGAAUGCUAUGGACGAUGCCCUUCUAGAUGGUGCUAAGAUCGAGGUUGUUCUCGCCAAGCCUGUUGACAAAGGCAAUUAUGUACGCUACACCCGAGGUUCAGGGCGGGGCUACGUCCAGCAGGGUCUCUAUGGUUACGACCAACAACAGACAAGCCCCUCCUACUACCCAGGUUACAGCAACCCUACCGGAAUGCCACCUAUGAUGGGUAUGGCUGGAAGGGGUGGCGGCGGUAUGAUGCAACGCUCACCGAUCCGAGGUGCCCCAAGAGGCCGUGGGGGCGGUAUGCGAGGUGCCGGUGGAACGAGAAGCUAUGGCAUGGGACGGGGCUACAACCGAUAUGACAGGAAGCCACAAGAGCCACGCCUGUUCGACCUCCUUCCCGGAAUGGAAUUGACCCCAACGAACCCCGUAACUCUUAAACCAGAGAAAAAUAACAUUCAGGUCUUGGAGGAGUUGUGCAAUAAGAAUCAGUGGGGACCACCAAACUUCACCCUCCUCUCGCAUCGUACAAACAGUGACGUCCAGCUCUUCAUCUAUAAGGUGACAGUUCCUGGUCUAAUGGCCAACUAUCCCGAUGGUCUCACACCCCAGAAACUUUGCCAGACCCCGGACCAGGCCAAGAACUUUGCUGCGGAGUGCCUGUUGGCUUCCCUGGGGGUUCCUGUCGAUGGUGGUGAUGCCCACACAGCCACAUCCCCUCACCCCUACCAAUCAGGAUCAGGCUACCACCAACAGGGAGGCUACGGGGGUGAUGUCUACCACCCGGUCUACCAAGGUUGAGUGAGGGACGUAACCAAGCUGCAUAAUCAUGGCCAUCCUCAUACUCGCCCCUUCAUCGAUCUUAAAAUCAGUUUUCUAGAAAAUCAAUUUUAAGGCCACAUUUUCCAAGGCCUUAUAUUGGAUAACAGUAAAAUCAAUUUUAAGCUAUAACUAAUUUGGUGUUAAAAUUGAUGAUGAAAUUGAUUUUAAGAUUAGUGAAACGGACCCUUGGAUGUACUACUACGCACCUGACUACCGUAUUUCUUUUUCCAAUAUUUCUCUGAUGGACUUAUGUUCAUGAUUUCUCUUAUUAAACGUUCCUUCAUUGUUAUGUGUGUUGUGAAAUCUUACAUAGAUAAAUGAAUGUAUUUCAGGAUUUUUUUGUGUGUUGAAAUAGAUAUAGAGUUUAUGAUUCAUAUAUAAAAAAAUUGAGUUUUAGCUAUUCCAUGAUUUCUUUUUGUUUUAGAUCAUAGAGUUAUGAUUUUCAUCAGUUUCAUCAGUCUAUUUUGAAGAUUCAUAAAAAAAAAAUAUUGAAAGUUUCAUUCACAUCAGGGCCUGUAAAACCUGUAUGGAUUCGCAAUUGGUCAUAUGAUAACUUUUAACGAUUGCUUGUGCAUCAUUGGAUAUGCAAUCAGUAUUAAAAAUUGGUCACAUGAUCAUUCAUUUUGGUAUGUGAAAUGGGCUCUUGAAUGGUCAUCACAAACAAAGACCUUAAAACAUGCUCAUUGUGACAAGGGGUGACAACUACAGAAGGUGCUUUAUUUUAACACAUCCAGCAUUGGGGUACUUCUGAUCUUUUGGUGUUGAAUUGGUGUUAUGGGCUGAUUUUGACAUCACCACAGCACCAGACUUAGAAUAAAUGGGUGUUGGAGCUAGUGAAGGCAAUCAGAAUUCUGCAUUCGACACCAUCACAAACACUAACACUGAACUGCCAGAUUAUGGUGGGUGUUGGAGCUAGUGAAUAUAAUUUGAACUGUGCAUCAGACACCAACACUGAACUCACCUGUAAGUGUUUGAGUUGACAAAGGUUAUCUGAAUUGUGCAUCCAACACCAGCACAUAAGCACUAACACUAAACUGCCAAAUAGGCCUACUGCCAAAGCAUGUUAGGUGUUUGAGCUAGUGAUUGCAAUCUGAAUGGUGCAUUCAACACCAACACUGAACUCAUGUUUGGUGUUAGCAUUAGUGAAGGCAAUCUAAAUUGUACAUCUGACACCAGACAUUAAAUCACCCAUCGUAUUGAGAAAUACUUCAAAGUAUAUAGGGGGUCUAGGUGCUACUAAUUUCUAGAAAACUUUUCUUCCCCCAAAAAAACUUUUUAAACUCACUUCAACUGCCUCUGAAAGCAAAUGAGGUCAGACAUUGUACUCUUAAAAAAAAAAAUGUGUGAAUAUCCUUCCUUUCAAAAGAAUACUCUGUUGUUGUGCUGAUACUGACAAUAUGACGGUUGAAUUUAUUUUCUGUUUUUGUUUGAUAUGUGCCAAAGGUGUGAGGGUUAAGUACAAGAUGUAAUAUAUACCGUCUUUCCUUGUCGUCUUUCAAAAUAUUAGAGGAAUUUGUGUCUUUCAUACCAAGCGACGGAUUAUCUGUUGUGAUACAGUAUCAAUAUUGUCUUGUCCGAGCGGGCAUUUUAGGGGAUUCCCCUUUCCCCUGAAAUAAAAUAUCCCAUUUUCAGACAGUGUAUAGAAAUGUAUUACAGAGGUGAUAGACCAAUUUGGUUUAGUAUCACUUUCAGCCAUGAAAGCACAAUAAAACCAUUAUUUUUCUGUCAGAUAAAUUGGUAGGAAGAUAAGCACAACCGGAUAGAAGCAUUUAUUUUAUUCCACAAAAGUGAAUACGUGUGUGACCUUGUGUCUUUUUCCAGUAGCAUGACUGUUUUUUACCCCAAAGCACAGUCUUUUCCCCUUAGGGAAGUUUUGUUCACCCUUUGAGCAUUUUUUUCCCCCUAGAACAUUAUCUUUUCACAAGGGAAGACGAUAUGCUUUUUACAUUAUUGUCUUCCGACCAAGCAAGUUUUAUAUUGCCCAGCACAAAAGUCUACUUUUACCACAUAAGCACAACACACCCCUAAGAAGCACUUUUUGUCACAAUGCAUGCACUAGCUUUUAGAUACUACAUGUACAUGUAAUUUUUAUCUAAAAAAAAAAUUCCUAAUGGUUUUCAGAUGGAUUUUUAUUUUUCCCUGACUAGCACAUAUUUACUGAAACCCAGUCCAUUAAAUUGUAUGUCUUCAAUCUGUUGAAAAGGACAGAGUAGGAUGCUUUUUUUUAUUAAAAUAAUAAUUACAUAUUGUUUAACCAUUACAGAUUAGAAGAUCUUUAUUCAUUCAUUGCUAUUCAUAAAGAUCUUAACCUUUUAUUCAUUAAGAACCUCAAAACAUACUCAAAAUUUACGUUUGUCAUUUAAUGUAUUUGUGAUCAUGAAAUAUUCAGAGAAAGCAUUCAUUUUCCUUUUGCUUAUUUCAUUGAAAUUCAUCAAGCAUAAAAACUGCAAGAAAAAAAUGAACAAAAACAUGAAAAUAUAUUAUGAUUAUGUUCAAAUAAGUUGCAUAUUAUAAAACAAGCAUGCUGAUCAGUAACUUGGAAAAAAGAGAAAUUUCUUUUGAAAGUAAAUGUAUAAAAAAGAACUUAUUUUUGGUGUUAUUUAAAAUGAUAAUCUAUACAUCAUUUGAUUACCCCUAUUUUUAACUAUUUAAUAAAAACCAAUUGAAAAACCAAUCAAAACUGCUUUUCCAAAAUAAGAAAAUGCAAGCAUCGAUCAUUUUAGGACAUUUGUUCCCAUUUUAAUCACCUACUGUAUAGUUAGUGUUAACUAUUUUAAACAAAACGACAUCAUCAACAGACUUCUUGUGAUUUCAAUUAAGAAAAAGCAUUGUCAAAUAUUCAUAUUUUAACUUCAAAUUUUGCCUCUAAUGUUCAUAUCAUGUAGAUAGAGUUUGAUGUAGUUUUUAAUGUACUUUUAAGAACCAUUGUAUCAUUCCGCAAAAUUGUUGCUUGUAUUCUACUUUUUAAUCGUUGUUCACGUUGUUGACCGAAGUGAGCAUCUUAGAUUUUAAAGAAAAUUCAUUGAUGUACUUUAUCACUAUCAUUGCUGUACUGUUAACCUGUUUCUUGUGUAUAUUUCAUGAAUUUUGAGAAAAUCUUUGACAACAUAGAUUUUGUGUGUUUUAAGAGGGGAAAGAAGAGGAUUUCCAGCCAAUGCUACAAUGAAAUGAUUCAAGAUCCAGCUACUAAUAGGUAAUUAUCCACGAGAGAAACUCCAUAAUGGACGAAAAUUCAAUUUUUUUUCAAGUUUUCUUGUCGUUACUCUUGCCUUCUGUUAAAAAAAACAACACAAGUAAUCGGACAGAAUUAGGGAUGAAAUUUAAAAAAAUCAACUUUAUUUAAAGUUAAAGAUAUUGGUAUGAAAUUUCACAUCAGUGAUAGCCUAUGGCAGAAUCUAUUUAUUGAUGUUAUGCAGUGCCUUUAAUAAUGAUUAACUAUUUGUGCCAUAAGAAAAAGACUCAUUUAUACUGCCUUAUUAAAUCAAUUAGGAAAAAAAUAAACAUAAUACAGUUGUUGAAGAAGACCAACAUUUUACCUACUUCAGUCUCUUUUGACAAAAAAAUAUUGGACAUUCAUGGAUUUGGCAUUUUCUCUACCAAACAGUAGUAAUAUUUCUGUGUCUAUUUGAGUUUUCACUGCAUUUGCCAAAAAUAUAUGUACACUGUGUGUGGUAUUUUUUUUAAACAGUAGUACAGUACUUGACACAUGUGUUCUCUUUCAAACUAGGGAGUACUAAGCAUUACAUUAUGACCUUUUGUAUUCACAUUUUGUUAUGUAUUCAGGGGGCCGUUUCAUAAAGCUGUUCGUAAGUUAAGAGCGACUGGUGAUCCUUUCUUAGGUGCAAAACCAUCGCUAAUAAAUAUAGCAUUUGCCAUAAGGAUCACCAGUCGUUUUUAAAGUCGCUCUUAACUUACGAACAGAUUUUUUAAACACCCACCUGGUUUGACCUUUGAACUGCCAUUUCAUUUUGACCUUUCAACUCCUGUACAUCUGUUCUCGAAAGAGAGUUGGCGCUUUUCAACCAUUUGCUUAUUAACGCGUUCAAAGUACAGUUGGGAUGAAACAUUGUGUUUUACAAAGAAAUGGUCCCAGAAUUGUUUUUAGAGGAGUAUUAUUU